AUGCAACUGUGGGAUUACCUAACAUUGCUGAGACAGAAGGUGCAUCAGUUCAGCUUUUGGUAUAAAUCAUCAAGUAUAGGUCACCGGAACUUUGUGUGGGUAUUUGUUGGCUGUUUUUGUGGAUAUGUAUAUGGAAAAAUUGAGUAUAUGAAAAAGAAGAAAGGGAAGGGAGUAUAUGGAGACUUAAUAUAUGUUGAUGAAUACAUAGUUGAUAAUAAUAAUAUAAGAAAUUUUGAAAAAAAGUACAAUCAGGUGAAUAUCCACUCUUUUAAAAAUAAGGGAUAUGAAUAUACAAAACUGUUUAAGGCGAUUAAUUUAAAUAAUUCCCCCGUCAGUUACCUUCAGCUGAGAUUAUGGGCGGAUAAAAAUUCUUAUGAAGACUAUGUCAAAAGCCAGAAAAUUCGAGAAUUAACAGAAAAUAUGGACAAAGAGUGCUUGUUUCAUUCUACUGAUAAAUAUGAAACCAUUGUGGACGAUUCCAUUGUGCGUUUAAUUCCUUAG